AUGUACUUUCAAAGAUAUAAAAUCACGGCAGCUACGAUUGCCGUAUUUAUUAUUCUAUUAUUCCUUUACCUAACGAACAACAACAAAGAUGCAUUCAUCGAUGAAUUGGAAUUAAAUACAAACGACAAAAGCACCAAUUACGAGCGUUUUUUCGCCAUAAAGGAUUUCCAUUACACGUUGAAAGCGUCGAAAUGCCGAAACCAUUCCAGUAUCAAAGCUUUAUUUAUCGUUACCUCGUACUUCGGUAACGUCGAAACGAGAAGCGCCAUGCGCAGGGCGUUUUCGGACGACGAUUUGACCCAAUUGCAAUUCAAACGGGUGUUUUUACUCGGGCUGGCCCCCGCGGAUAAGUACACUAAGCAAAUUUCAGUGGAAAACGAAAGCAAACGAUUCGGCGACAUCGUCCAAGGGAAUUUCAUCGAAGCCUACAGGAAUCUCACAUACAAGCACUUGAUGGGCCUCAAAUGGGCGGCAGACAAUUGUUUCAAUGCGGAAUUCGUUAUUAAAAUGGACGAUGAUGUCGUAGUAAACAUGGAAAAAGUACCAGUGUUACUGGAUACGUUUACACCGUUAACCAACCGCUUAUUCAUCGCAGGGUAUGUGUUAAGAAACAUGGUUGCUAUUCGGGAACCGGCCAAUAAAUGGUACGUUACGAGAAAGGAGUAUUCUCCGGCUGUGUACCCGACCUUCGUGUCCGGAUGGUUCUACGUAACGAAUCCCAAGACAGCCGGGAAACUGCACAAAUUGAGCCAAACUACCGAGUAUUUUUGGAUAGACGAUACGUACAUUACCGGUGUAUUAGCUCAGAAGCUCAAAGUCAAGCAUUUCGAUAUUAGCAGGUAUUAUACGGAGCAUUCAGAGUAUGUGGAAUGUUGCUUAGAUGAUAUUAGAAACAGGAAUUUGAACUGUGAUGUUUUAAUCGGUCCAAACGGGGGGAACAAUAAUUUAUUUUACGAAUUUAACAACGCUAUAGGGAUAUGUAAUUUGCGCUUGUGUAAGAACAGAACGAGGCCGCUUAACGAGACGUGCGUAGCUAAAAAAUUUAUACCCCUAGGCAGGGGUAUGUCUCAAAUUCGAAGUUACAAAUUACAUUAA